AUGCAUCAAGACCAGCAAAAUCGCCUUUUUCAGGCGCGAAUCGUCGCUAGUAUCGCUGCAACUGUGAUGUCCCUGGCUUGCGGUACCAAUUAUGUCUACUCGGCUUGGGCUCCGCAGUUCGCGGAACGACUAAAGUUAUCCUCCACAGAGAGCAACUUGAUCGGUCUAUGUGGUAACCUGGGCAUGUACACCCUGGGUAUGCCCAUAGGUGCCUUCAUCGACUCUCGAGGCCCGCGGCCUGCCGUCCUUGCCGGCGCUGUCCUCAUGCUCCUUGGUUACUUUCCGCUGCACCAAGCCUACCAUCGUGGCUCUGGAUCCGUGAUUCUGAUGUGUGUCUUCUCCUACAUGACUGGCCUGGGCAGUUGUAUGGCAUUCGCUGCUUCGGUCAAGACGUCUGCCCUCAACUGGCCCAAGACCCGUGGAACGGCCACAGCUUUCCCUUUGGCUGCAUUUGGCUUAAGUGCCUUCUUCUUCUCUUUCGUCGGUGCUGUCUUCUUCCCCGGCAAUCCCAGCGCCUUCCUUGAGCUUCUCGCCUGGGGCACAUCUGGCCUUACCUUUGGCAGCUUCUUCUUCCUAAAAGUAUACCACGACCAGCCCGACUAUGAGGCCGUACCAGCAUCGGACGACACACAGAGCGACCCAUCAUCAUCGUCAUCUCAGCAAUUCCGACCUGGAUCUUCAGAGGAGCCGAAGCCCUUCCGCUCCUCUCGAGUGGACAAUGAACCCGGUAUGUUAACUAAUUCCAGUAGUGAUAGCACCUGCGCCAGUAGGAACUCGUACACUCCUGCUGUAGCAUCCUCAUCUGCCGCCGCCCCGGAUUCGACGGGCUCUCUUGGAACUCCACUUGCGCCUGAAUUCGGCCUUGUGGUCGCCCCCGAGAAUCCUGAAGACCUAGAGGUUGGCGAGAGGUCACCCCUGAUUUCUCGUCCCUCAUCACGAACCGAUCAACCCCUUCUUGGAAAUAAUUAUAUUAAUAGCGAUGGAUCUCGUCCUCUAGACAUUCGAGGUCUCGCCCUCUUGCGCAGCGCCAGCUUUUGGCACCUCUUUAUCAUCAUGGGUAUUUUGGCUGGCGUGGGUCUCAUGACCAUCAAGUAUGAUUGGCCUCUAACCUAUCUAGCCUUUGGAGAACACUCAGCUGACGAUGUCUCAAGCAAUAUUGGAAACGACGCCAAGGCUCUUUGGAAGCAUUACGACAAGAAUGUGACCGACGAUACUCUUGUCCAUCGUCAGCAAAUGCAUGUUUCAGCAUUGUCUAUUUGUAGUUUCCUCGGCCGACUGUCAAGUGGUGUUGGCUCCGAUUUUUUGGUCAACAAACUUCACGCCAGCAGGCUCUGGUGUCUUGUUGCCGCCUGCAUCAUCUUCAUCUUUGCCCAAGUGUGCGCGUUGAACGUCGAAAACCCACAUUGGCUUGGGCUGGUCUCAGGCCCAUCCGGCUUGGCCUAUGGUUUCCUCUUUGGCGUCUCUCCCUCUCUUGUCGCCGAGACCUUUGGUGUUGGGGGACUGAGCCAGAAUUGGGGCUUCAUCACCAUGGCUCCAGUUUUCUCGUCCAACAUCUUCAACAUAUUUUAUGGUAAAAUCUACGACGCACAUAGUGUCGUUGGUAAAGACGGCGAGCUCUCCUGCUUGGACGGUCUUCAAUGCUACCGCUCCGCCUAUUGGGUCACAUUAUUGUCAUGCUGCGCUGGAACAGGCAUCACCCUCUGGGCGAUUCGCCACCGACAUGCGAAGCACCAAAGGGCAAUGAACAAGGGACAUGAGGAGGACUAA